AUGCAUUUUGAAAGCUUCGUGCGACCACAGGCUGACCUUCGGAUUGAGGCAGACAACCUGGAUAUGUUCAACAACAACUUUCCAUAUCGCCGCACUGGAAAGGGACUUCGGGUCAUUUUCCCGGAGGUGCUCCGACCAUACGUGACCAAGGAUUUGCUGGUGGAGUCAUUGGAGGACGGCGUGCCGUUGCAAGCCGUUCUUGGGAAGGCAAAGCAGCCCCACCGCCAACUCCAGUCGAAGAGCUUAGGGAAGAGGUGGAACUUCAACGAGGUGGAGAAUUUGCAGGAGGCAUUUGUCGUGAAGCAGCUCUGCGAGACGCAGACGUGGAGUGAGUUCCUUUGGGCCUGCUCGGCGCACUCUAGCAAGAAGCGCGCAUGGGCCAAGACGGCACAGGCCUUGGACUUGGCGCCGCCGAAGUUGUUCCAGACGAACCGGGAGGAUCACCCACAAGCUGCGGCCAAUAAGGCACAUACCCCAGAGUUGGAAAGACAUUUUGUCGGAGACGCAGAGUGCGUCGCAGACAUCCAGAGCUUGGGCGGUUCUGCGCUCCUCGCGCGCUAUGAGAGCUUUCAGCAACCUGCCCAUAGGGCGGACAUGUGGCGGUAUAUUCGCUUGUGGAAAGAGGGUGGAAGUUACUUGGACAUCAAGAUGGCGUUGCUGCAGCCGUGGAGCACAACCCUGGAAGAGAUUUAUGCGGAGGGAGAGAGAUGCUUGGAGGGACAGCGCGUCGCGCAGUCCUCGGGCCAGCGCGUCGCGCCGCCCACGGAGGUGCGAGAUUUGUCGCAAGUCCCGCACCUCCUCCUCAGCAUCGGACAAAACCGCAAACAUAUCUUCCAGGGGAACAUGUGGCACGCGUCCGCGAAGCAUCCGCUCUUAGCCAGAGCGGUGGGACAUGCGCUGGGCACGUCGCAGAGGUGGAACUUCUGCCGCACCCUUGGCCCCAUCUACCUUUUCCAGGAGCAGAUGGAUGGGCAGCGGAAAGCCGAGCGCGACCGACGUGGGCGCACAUGCUUGGGGGAGGAAUUUCCAGUGGAUGGUCACUUCAUGUUCACCACCAGUGGCACGAGGUAUGCCGCCACCCGGGCGUGGGGCUGGAAGAAAGGUUUCCUACCGGUCGCCCUGGGAGCCAUCGCGACACAGCGGGCAGAAGCGCAGAGCGUAGCUCAGCCGGAGCCACAGCCUGGCACUCCUGCCCCCGAAGCGCCGAGUGCGCCGCCCCCGGAAGCGCCGAGCAGCAGCGCCGCGCCGAGCGCCGAAGCGCAGCAGCGCGUCGCGCAGUUGCAGGAGACACCGAGCGCGGCGACCCAACCUGCGGCAAACCAGGGGGAGGCGCCGCCACUGGAGACGACUAUCACUCCGGAAGGCUUGGAGCGGAUAAUGGCAGUGGCGACGGGGCAAAGUUGGCAUGAGGGCCUGACUCGGGCAGAGGUGGAGAUCUUCACGGUGCAAGGCCUGAGAGAAGAGAUCGGCCAGGCUAUGGCCGUGGUGGAGCAGACGAUGGAGAAGGUGGGCGUCCGGGCAGAGCAGGAUGCGCGAGAUCGCGUGGUUGCAGCGGCAGCGGCGCUCCCAGCGGCACCCCCCGAGCCAACGCUGUUGGACGCAGCUUUGUGCGCCACCGGCGAAAUCGCUGACUUCUUCCGCCGGCUGACAGGCAUCUUGGGACCGUCCAUCUCGGGCAACCGGCCUAUGUUGGCGACGGCGCUGAAGGACGCCCAUGCGCUGCCCAGCGUGCUGCAGAACGUCGUUCGGCAGCGUUCGGCGCAGGGCGCCACGUGGAACGACCUGACACGGUCGGAGAACGUGGAGUGGGCCGCGCACGAUGGGUCGGAGGGAGACCCUCCGUACGCGCUGGCUAUGUGCAAAGGAGGUUUCUAUGAGUACGUGGACAGGGCGAGCUUGUACAGCACCAUUUUGGCGCGCUUGGUGGUGGACGCGGUCGAGGAGACCGCCAACAGCUUGGACGCCGCAGGGCGGCAGGCCGUGCUCGAGCGCAUCUGCGUGCAGUUCAAUGAGGCCGCCAGGCAGCAGGGUCAGCCGUCGAGGCUUCUGAUCGCACUGGGUGGCGCCCGAGCCCUGAAGUUCGACUUGGAUCCCACCAACAUCGAGCGCCAGUACGGAGGAGCGAAGAAAAGAGUGACCAAGCGGCAGGCCGAAUCCGGCGUGGCAGUCGGAGUUGGUGGGCUGCGCUCUCCGACGGUGCGAGGCGCAGAGAACGCGCGCGCGAGCCGAGAGGGCAAGGCUGCAGGGGUAGAGUGCGUGACGGUGGAGGUCGAUACGUGUGAGCAGAGCGUUGCGAGCAUUGUUAGUGGGGGCAGCAUUGCGAAGCCUGGCAAGAAGGAUGGCAGGAACAUCCUCGACCAGUUCAUGCAAUGGGUCUUGGACGGCGGGGAAGAGACCCAUGGAGGGGACGUGGAGGUGGAAGUGGGCGUGGUGCCAGCCCGCGACUCCGUGCGAGGGGCAGGGGUCGCGCGGCCGGCAUGUGGUGUCCCGGAGUUGAGCAAGAGCAUCUUGGAGAUAGUCCCUGGUGCCUAUGGAGAGGCCAAAAAGGCCUUGCACUUUCUGCCUGCCUGCGCGUCGGAGAGCAUGGAGCGGGUAGUGGAGGCGGCGCGAGCCGAGCUGGAAGUGCGUCGAGCAGAGCGAGUUGGGGGGCUGCGCUCUCCGACGGUGCGAGGUGCAGAGAACGCGCGCGCGAGCCGAGAGGGCAAGGCUGCAGGGGUAGAGUGCGUUACGGCAGAGGUCGAAACGUGUGAGCAGAGCGCUGCAGACGAAGAGAGGGGAGAGCAGCGUGUCACUGCGCGCAAGCUGGAAGAGAUCCAUCGCCUGCGGGCGCGCACAGAGGUGAACUUCAGCGGGCACGUGCUCGCAGCGGACGAGACGGUGCAGAAGCGUGACACCUUUGUCCGGGGCGCUUGCACGCAACGAGAGGUGGCAGGCUUCAUCGCAGCAGAUGCCUCGUGCUUGGUUCAAGUGGCACUGUGGGGCGAAGUGGCACAGAAGUACUUCGAGUCGUUGACAAAGGCGCUCAACGAGGCGGAAGACGGAGUUUUCCCUCGGAUCGAAGUCACUGCCUGCCAGGUCGCCACUCUGAAGCAUCCAGAAGGGACAUCGUUGCGACGCCUGGCAUCAACGGCAAGGACCACGGUGAAGUUGCUUGAACCAACCCCACUGACCAUUUCUCCGUCUCCACGUGUCCUCACCACCAGCGCGGCAGACUUGAUGCAUGUGCCUCAGGUCUCAUGCUUCAUGGGGGUCGUGAGCCGCCUGGAAGCGCGCGUCUUCUCGCAAGAGGACGUGGGAAUGAGAGAAAUAGGGAUCAGCAUGCAGAAUGGAUAUGAGGUGCCAGUGAUGCUGUAUGGAGUGCAAAGUGAAGAGGAAGUCGAACUCAAGGACCGCGUGGCGGUGUGGUUUGGUGAGGGCAAGCCCCCGUUGGCGAACAGAGACGACAGCAAGGGCAUGAUCUGGCUUUGGGGAAAACCGAGGAAAGCUACCAAGGCCGAUGUAAGAAGCGACGGAGCGUCGCGGAGCGAAGAGCUGCCAGUGGGUAGGUUUUUUUGCGCCACGGACGGCGAGCAGAGCGCGGCGCCCCCCGAGCCAACGUUGUUGGACGCAACCUUGCGCGCCUCCGGUGAGAUCGCCGACUUCUUCCGCCGGCUGACGGCCGUCCUGGCACCAUCCAUCGCUGGAAACCGGCGUAUGUUGGCGACGGCGCUGAAGAACGCGCAUGCUCUGCCCCGCGUGCUGCAGAACGUCGUUCGGCAGCGUUCAGCGUGGGGAGCCACGUGGAACGAUCUGACGCGGCCGGAGAACGUGGAGUGGGCCGUGCGCGAUGGAACGAUGCGAGCGCCUGCGUACGCGCUGGCUAUGCGCAAGGGUCAUUCCUGGGAGUACGUGGACAAGGCGACUGUGUACAGCACCAUUUUGGUGCGCUUGGUUAUGGACGUGGUCGAGGAGACGGCAGACGCCUUGGACGACGUAAGUUCCCGGCAGCGCCCCGGGGGCGGCGAGCACGCCACGGAGGGCGGAGAGCUCGCUACGGAGCACAGCCGCAGAGCGUCGCUCGGCCGCUGUUUGCGGCGCCGACAGAGCAACACUCGUUCGCCGCUCGCGAGCGUCGCGCGCGCCGUCUCGGACGGCGGUCGGCGCUGCAAAGGACAUCGCCGACAGAAGGCCGGGAGAAGGUUGCGCGCAGCGCUGCAAAUAUGUGGCUGGAUUUGGUUGUUGGUUUGCGGAUGUCGCGGCUCCUCGCUGACCGCAGUGGGCUAUCAAGCGGCACGCUUAGGCAACGCCCGAGGGGAGUCAGCACGAGGGCGACACAGGCGAAAGCCGCGCACUGCGAAGGGCAAGGUGGUGCGGCAGAGCGAAAUAGGGGCCUACUUCCUGCUCGCGCCGGGCCAGGGCGGGUGUCUGUUCUACACCGUGAGCACGGAGGUCAGUGGCGGGCCGAAGUGGAAACUUAGCUGUGCCCUUGGUUGUCGCAGUGCCGAGCAACUGGACGUCGUGUGUUGUGUUGAUCUCUGCGGGUAUGGCUUCCGCCUGCAAACCCGGCGAGACGUGCGAAAAGGGUGUCCCCAAGCUCAGACGGCACCGAGAUGGUACCUACCUCGAAAGGUCCGAAAUCGAGAGCAGCGUGCCGUGAACGGCAAUGCUGAAGCCGCCGACUGA